AGCCAGCCCAGACCAUUCCAGUGUAACCUUCUGAGGGGAGGCUUCAAGACCAGUGACCAUUGGGGAAGCCCAUUUUUAAUGGGGGACUGAACUUUUCCAGAGAAGCAAAGAUGGUAGAACACUGGGUCUUGCUACUGCUUCUAGCAAUCCCUCUCCCAAAACUAGAUGGAACUGAAUUUGCACGCUGUAGUCUUUUUGGAAGUAGCCACAUUAAAACAUUUGAUGACUCUCUAUAUGACUUUGCUGGUGACUGCAGUUAUCUGCUUGCUGGAGACUGUCAAAAGAGAACCUUCUCACUCAUGGGUAACUACCAGAAUGGAAAGAGAAAAAGUCUUUCUUUGUAUCUUGGAGAAUAUUUUGAUGUUCAUCUAUUUUUAGAUGGCACCAUGACUGUAGGUGACAAAAGGAUUUCAAUACCUUAUGCAUCUAAUGGAGUAUUUAUAGAAAAAGAGGCAGGCUAUUAUAAGUUAUCCAGUGAAGAGCACGGCUUAGUGGCAAGGGCUGACAUCAGUGGGAACAUCCAGAUAAUCCUUGCAGAAAACCACUAUAAUAAGACUUGUGGGCUCUGUGGUAAUUUCAAUACCUUUGCUGAAGAUGAUUUCAUGACACAGGAAGGUAUUCUGGAAGAGAACAGCUACAAUUUUGCUAAUUCAUGGGCCAAGAACGAAGAAGAAAAGAGAUGCCAGCGAGUGACCCCACCAAGCCAGACUUGCAACAUCUCAUCUGAGAUGGCAGAUAAGGCUGUUAUAGAAAAUUGCCAACUGCUAAAGACAUCAACUAUAUUUUCCAAAUGCCAUCAUGAGGUUGAUCCAGAACAAUUUGUUCAUCUAUGUGAAGAAGACAUGUGCAAAUGUGCCCAGGAUAAGAACUGCCAUUGCCCAGUUUUUUUGGAGUAUGCAAGAAGCUGUGCCCAGCAAGGGGUGAUUCUAGAAGCAUGGGCAGCCAGCAGUGCCUGCCAGCCAAGAUGUCCAGUUGGCUUAGAGUACAAGGAGUGCAUGUCCCCUUGUAUCAGAACUUGCCAGAGCUUGAAUAUCAAUGAAAUGUGUCAAGAAAAAUGUGUUGAUGGCUGCAGCUGCCCUGAGGGCAAGCUUCUAGAUGGAGACCUCUGUGUUGACAGCUCUGAAUGCUCCUGCACACAUUUUGGCAAGCACUAUGCUCCUGGCUCUUCUAUCUACCAGGACUGCAACUCAUGUAUUUGUAGGUAUGGUCUUUGGAUCUGUGACAAUGAACUCUGCCCAGGCGAAUGCUCUGUCACUGGCCAAUCCCAUUUCAAAAGCUUUGACAACAAAUAUUUCACCUUCAGUGGCAUCUGCCAUUAUUUGUUUGCAAGAGAUUGUGAGGAGAACUCAUUUUCUGUCUUCAUAGAGACAGUUCAGUGUGGUGAUGACCCCGAUGCAGUAUGUACCCAUUCAGUCUUCAUUCAACUUCAGGAUGAGAACUACACUAUUAAAAUGAAACAUGGUGGUGGCGGCAUAUCUUUGAAUGGACAGGAUAUACAGAUUCCUUUCAUGCAAGGUGCUCUUCAUAUCCGCCACACUGUAAUGUCUGCAGUUCGCCUCAGCUAUAGGGAAAAUAUGCAGAUUGAUUGGGAUGGACAUGGAACUCUUCUCAUGAAGUUAUCCCCAGAAUAUACUGAGAAAACUUGUGGUUUGUGUGGUAACUACAAUGGUAAUCAAGGAGAUGAUUUUCUUACACCUUCUGGCCUGGUGGAAAACCUUGUUGAAGACUUUGGAAAUUCCUGGAAGCUAAAGGGAGAUUGCCAAGAUUUACAGAAGCAAGACAGCAGUUCCUGUAAUCAUAACCCUCAAUUAGCCAAGUAUUCUGAAAGCUCAUGCUCAGUGCUGUUGUCUCCGCUGUUUCAACCUUGCCACCACAAAGUCAAUCCUUCUCCAUACAUCAAGAAUUGCCACUUUGAUGUCUGCUCCUGUUCUGAUGGCAAGGACUGUUUGUGCACUGCUGUAUCUGCCUAUGCCAUGGCUUGUGCUCGCAAAAGUGUUCUCAUAAAUUGGAGGCAGCCAGAUUUUUGUGCUUUGAGUUGUCCAGGAAAUCAGAUUUACCAGCAGUGUGGGAGUCUGUGCAACCAAACUUGUCGAUCCCUGUCCUAUCCAGAUACAGACUGUAGUGAAUUCUGUAUGGAAGGUUGCUAUUGUCCAGCUGGAUUAUACCUUGAUGCACAUGGAGAAUGUCUCCCCAAGUCACAGUGCUCUUGUUACUAUGAUGGUGAGAUCUUCCAGGCAGGUGAUGUGUUCUCAGAUCAUCAUACCAUGUGUUAUUGUGAAAAUGGAUUCAUGCACUGCAGCUCAAAGAGACUUCCAGGGGCUUUUCUACCAGAUGCUUUCUUUCAGCAUCAUCCUUCUGCCAGAGCAAAACGAAGUUUGGUUUGCAGGCAUCCCAUGACCAUGUUUGUAUGCCCUGCAAAUGAUCCAAAAGCUAAGGGAGUAGAAUGUAUGAAGACCUGUCAGACUUACGAAUUAGGCUGUGUCAGCCAUGGAUGUGUGUCUGGUUGCCUCUGUCCCACUGGAUGGGUGAGACAUGGAAAUAAAUGCAUUGUGCCUGAAAAAUGUCCCUGUUUUUACAAUGGACAAGAGUAUCUUCCAGGAGAGACUGUAACAAGAGACUGUAAUACUUGUGUGUGUCAUGCUCGAAAAUGGGAAUGUACUGAAAACAUCUGUGAUGGGACCUGUUCAGUCAUUGGUACAGCUCAUUAUUUGACCUUUGAUGGAUUGAAAUAUAAAUUUCCAGGGAACUGUCAGUAUAUAUUAGUUCAGGAUUAUUGUGAUGACAAUGAUGGUGAUUCUGGAACCUUUAGAAUACUUGUUGCCAAUGAGGGAUGCAGCUUCACAGGAGAGAAAUGCACUAAAAGGAUCACUAUUCUGUUUGACAAUGGAGAGAUUGAACUAUACAGAGGAAAUGUUAACAUCUUGAGGUCUCCAAGAGAAGAAAUCAACUUCGAAGUUCUGAAGUCUGGGCGCUACUACAUUUUGUUACUGGGUAGAGGGAUUUCUCUAGUUUGGGAUCAAGAUAUGGGAAUUACUGUUAUCUUGAAAGAGAAUUACAAAGAUCAAGUAUGUGGCCUGUGUGGGAAUUUUGAUGGCAUCCAAAACAAUGACAUGACAAGCAGCAGAAAAGAGGUUGAGGUGGAUCCAAAUUACUUUGGGAAUUCCUGGAAAGUUAAUUCACAAUGUGCUGAUGUCAGAAAGCUUUUUCAGGAGCAAACCUUUGUUUCUUCUCUGUGCAAUGGUAAUAUUGUGAAACAAGUGAUGGUAGAGACUUCAUGUAGCAUCUUGAACAGUGAACUCUUCAAAGACUGCAGAAAAAUGAUAGAUCCUGAACCAUAUAUAGAUAUCUGCAUGUAUGACACUUGUACUUGUGAAUCCAUUGGAGAUUGUGCCUGCUUCUGUGAUGCCAUAGCUGCUUAUGCUCAUGCCUGUGCUCAGAAAGGAGCAAUAGUUCAUUGGAGGUCACCAACUCUGUGCUCACAAAGUUGUGAAGACAUGAAUAGAGAAGUGGAAGGAUACCAAUGUGAAUGGAGAUACAACAGCUGUGGUCCUGCCUGUCCAAAAACAUGCCAACAUUUUGAUUCAGUGAUGUGUCCAGUGAAAUGUGUUGAAGGAUGCCAUGCACACUGUCCUCCAGGAAAAAUACUUGAUGAACUUUCCAGAACCUGUGUUGAUCUUGAAGAAUGUCCAGUGUGUGAAUUAGGAGAUCGCAGGAUUCCUCAUGGGAAGAGGAUCAUUUUGAACCCUGAAAAUAUACAUAUCUGCAAAUCCUGCCAUUGUGUAGGACAAAACUUGACAUGCCAUUCAUGUGAUCCAGGAGAGAGUGAUGGAAUCCUUACCACAACAACAAUUGCUCCAGAUGAUGAAAUUAUUUAUGACUACUCUUGCAGCAAAAUGAUGGACCUUGCCUUCUUGAUUGAUGGCUCCAACAAGAUUUCUGAGAGUGAUUUUGAGCAGUUGAAAGUUUUCAUAAUUAGUACCAUGGAGAAACUCCAUAUCUCCCAAAAACGAAUUCGCUUGUCUAUCCUGGAAUAUCGCACUGGUUCACAUAUUUAUCUUGGUCUAAAAGAUGUUAAAAGGCCAUCUCAAAUGAGAAAGAUUGUUCAAAAUAUAAAAUACACUGGGGGAGAUGUUGCCUCUGCAACGGAAGUACUUAAAUAUGUAGUAUUCCAUGUGUUUGGGAAGGCUCCAAGGACAAAUGCUGCCAGAAUAGCUGUGUUACUUACAGCUAGCAAAGAUCCAAAGAGAAUUCAGAGCAUAUUCCCACUCCUGAAAAAGAAGAAAAUUAUUGUGAUACCAGUUGGGCUUGGACCACACAUAAGCAUUGAACAAAUUGGACUUAUUGAAAUGCAGUCAUCUGAGAACAAGGCUUUCAUAAUGAACAGCGUAGUUGAAUUAAGGGAACACAGGGAUGAAAUAAUUGAUUACUUUUGUGGUCUUGUGCCUGAAGUAAGCACUGUAUUGUUUACUACACUUAACCCUACUGCAACUGUUCCUAGUACUACUACAAUGACAGUACCUGGAGUAAAUUGGGGGUUAACAGAGGCAAUCCCAACAGAAUUUACUAAUAUUCACAAGCCGAUCAACAUUGUUUUUUUAAUUGAAGGGUCUGACAAAGUUGGCAGGGAGAAUUUCAAUUUGGUCAAAGAAUUUAUUGUUCAGACAAUCAAAAAAAUGAAUAUGGACAAAAAAACCAUUCAUAUUACAAUAAUACAGUACUCAUUCACAAUCACGGUGGAGUAUUCCUUCAGUGAAAUGGAGUCAAAGAAAGAUGUGAUUGAAACGGUGAGAGAGAUCAAAUACCAUGGGGGCAAUGCCACCAACACUGGAAAGGCUCUCAACUUUGUCUCUGAACAAAACUUUAUUACAAAGAGUAGAAGAAGACGGCAAGUACCACAAAUGGUUUACAUGGUGACUGGAAACCCUGCCACAGAUACCAUCUCUCGUCUACCUACUGAUAUCAACCUUAUUCCUAUUGGUAUAACUCCAAAUGUGAAUAUCCAAGAACUGCAACAGUUAAGUCAGCCACAUACACCAAUAAUAUUGGAAGGGUAUAACAAACUCCUCCAAGAAGGACCUGAUUUGGUAUUAAAAACAUGUUGCUCAAGAGAAGGAACCUGCAACAGUCCAAUAGAUGUGAUAUUUCUUCUGGAUGGAAAUCCUAAUGUUAAAGAAUCACAGUUUGAGAAAAUGAAACUUUUUGUGAAAGCAUUUAUUGAACACACUGAUGUUGGCCAUACAGCAACUCAAGUGGCUGUUCUUCAGUAUGGAGAAGUCAAUACUUUGGAAAUGUCAUGGAAUGUACCCCAAGAGAAGGCAAUUCUUUUGUCUAUAGUGAGCUCAAUUCAUCAAAGAGAACAAGGCCCUAGCAAACUAGGUGAAGUGAUAGACUUCACAGUGCAACAUGCCAUUUCUGAAGUUAAUGGAGGACGGCCCAAUGCUUCCAAAACAGUAGUGAUUAUUAUAUCAGAUACGUCGCAAGACUCAGUGAAUACUGCUGCAUACUCUGCAAGAGUGAACAGGGUAUCAUUGCUUCCCAUUGGAAUUGGAGAGAGAUAUGAUGUAGAACAACUACGUACUUUAGCUGGGCCAUCUGCACGUGACAGGAUAAUAAGGCUGCAACAGUUUGAUGACCUUUCCACUAUGGUUAUACUGGAUGAAUUUGUCAAGAAACUUUGCACAGAAACUGUCCAAGAGUGUGUGGAUGAAGAUGGGAACAUAAAGGCACCUGGUGACAAAUGGACAUUGAUGGAUCAAUGCCACACUGUGACAUGCUUACCAGGUGGCCAUACAGUUCUGAAGAGUCACCGAGUUAAUUGUGAGCAGAUGUCCAAGCCAACAUGUCAUAACAAACUCCCUGCUGUUAAAAUUGAGGAAACCUGUGGUUGCCGUUGGGUGUGUCCAUGCUCGUGCAUGGGAAGCUCAAGUAGACAUAUCAUCACCUUCGAUGGACUGGAUUUCAGACUAACAGGCAACUGUUCCUACAUAUUGUUUGAAGACAAAGAAAAUGAUAUUCAAGUGGUUCUUCAGAAUGAACUCUGCAGUUCAGCUCCAAAACUCAGUUGCAUGAAUGCUAUUCAGAUCACGCACAAGGAUUUAGCAGUGCAACUUUCCAGCACCAUGAUGGUUACUGUGAAUGGCAAAAUGGUUACUGUUCCUUAUGCCAAUGGUAACAUUGAAGUUAAUAUCUAUGGAGCAAUAAUGCAUGAAAUCCGGUUCUCUCAUCUGAGGCAUAUCAUCUCCUUCACUCCAAGCAACAAUGAGUUUACUUUCCAACUAGGUCCAAAAAGUUUUGCCUCAAAAACAUAUGGUCUUUGUGGGGUUUGUGAUCAAAACAUUGCCAAUGACAUGGUAUUAAAAGAUGGCUCUGUUACAUCUGACAGCAACACUUUCAUCCAAGAAUGGACCAUUAAACAACCGGGGGAAUUCUGUAGUGUGAACAGAGCUGAUACUUGCAUCGAGCAUGCCUCUACCAAAUGCAGCAUUAUGUUGUCCUCCCAGUUUUAUGAAUGUCAUCAAAUUAUUCCUCCAAACAUGUUUUAUGCUGCAUGUGAAGAAAACAAUUGCUAUGGAGAUGAAGUAUGUGAGAUUAUAUCAUCCUAUGCCCACCUCUGCAGAACACAAGGAAUCUGUGUAGACUGGAGAUCUUCAGAGUUUUGUGCUCUGAAAUGUCCACCCUCCUUGGUCUAUAACCACUGUCAAAAAGACUGCACAAAGCGCUGUAAGAAUGGUACCAACAUUGAGAUCUGCAUGGAUUAUCCCAUGGAAGGCUGUUUCUGUUCAAAUGGGCAAGUCAGCUUAAAUGGCAGCUGUGUUCAUGAAGAGGUCUGCACUCAAUGUGUCAGUGAAGAUGGAAGCCACCACAAGUACUUGGAAGCAUGGAUACCUUCUGAAGAACCCUGCAAGAUCUGCAUAUGCCUAGAGAAUAGAACCAUAAACUGCACCCUUCAGACCUGUCCAGCUGCCAAAUCUGUUAUUUGUGGUCCCUGUGAAGUUCCAAGAUUACAGGAGGAUUCUGAUCAGUGCUGUCCAGCCUACAAAUGUGUCUGUGAUCUUGUGACUUGUAAACUGCCUCCUGUACCCAUCUGUGAAAAUGGUCUCCAGCUUCUGCAGACAAAUCCUGGAAAAUGUAGACCAGAUUAUGCUUGUGUGUGUAAAAAGGAAAAAUGCAGUCCACCAACCAUUAUUUCAUGCCCACCAUACCAGAAAAUUACUUUGAGAAAGACUCAGUGUUGUGAUGAAUAUCAGUGUAGUUGUAGCUGUGUCAAUUCAACUGUGACCUGCCCUGCUGGAUAUUUGUCAACAUCCACCACUAAUGACUGUGGCUGUACAACUUCCACUUGUAUUCCAGACAAGGUCUGCGUACAUCAAAAUAUUGUUUAUCCUGUUGGAAAAUCUUGGAAAGAAGAUUGUACAGAGUGUGUCUGCACAGAUAUGCAAGAUGCUGUUACAGGACUUCGAAUUACAGAAUGUCUUGAAAAGGAGUGCAAUAAGAUUUGUCCUCCGGGAUAUAAAUACAUUCACAAAGAAGGAAACUGCUGUGGGAAAUGUUUCAAGAUCAUGUGUGAUGAGAUCUUACACUGGUCUCGAGGAGAUAAAAAUGUCCAUUGGCAUGAUGUUGGUUCUGAGUGGCGAUCCCCUUCAAAUCCAUGUAUCAUCAGAGAAUGUGUCCGAGUGAAUGAAGAAGUCUUUAUUCAAACAAAGAAUGUCUCAUGUACACAGAUAAAGCCCCCCAGUUGCCCCUUUGGAACAGAGCUGCACUGUGACCAAAACACUGGAUGCUGUCCCACAUGCCAUUGUGAACCUGUGAAUGGCUGUGUUUUCAAUGGAACUAUUCUCGAGCCAGAGAAGCAUGUGUUGUUGGAUCAAUGCACCAGCUGCCAGUGCAGCCCACAGAGUGGAAUGCAUCUGAAAUACAAACUGACAUGUGUAAAAAAAACUUGUGAACCCUGCCCCAAGAAUUACAGGGUGGAAAAAGUUGCUGGCUCUUGUUGUGGAAAAUGUUUACCCACUGUAUGUGCCAUACAGCUGAGGAACAGAACCAUCUGGUACCUAAAGCCAAAUGAGAUGAUUCAGGAUGACUGUGAAAGCCACUCUUGCAAGGUCAACAUGAAAGGAGACUUCAUCUGGGAAAGGAGAAUAACUGGCUGCCCCCCAUUUGAUUCAAAUAAAUGUCUGUCUGGUGGAGGUAAAAUUGCAAAAAUUGACAACACCUGCUGUAAAACAUGUGUAGAGCCGGAGUGCAAACGAGUCACAGGCAGGCUGGAAUAUGUGAAAAUGGAUGACUGUGUGAAUCAAAACCAGCUGAAUAUCCAUUAUUGUGAGGGGAAAUGUGCAAGCAAAGCAAUGUAUAACAUUACAGUGAAUCUCAUUGAAGAACAAUGCACCUGUUGUUCUCCUACAGUGACAGAUUCAAUGCUAGUGCCCCUCUACUGUGCCAAUGGCUCCAUAGUACAGCAUGAAGUCUUCAAUGCCAGACAGUGUGAAUGUCUUCCAAGGAAAUGCACACCAUAAAUAUGCUUCAGAGCUAAUGCAUUUGUGUGUGUUUUUAAAUCCAGCUACCAAGGAAUUUUCAAUCUGAUUCUAAUUUUCUAUUGUGUUUUGGGUUUUUUAUUUUGUUUAUUUGCAUUUUGCUACUGAUCUAAACAAAGCAUUCAGUAUAACAAAGCAUGCAAUAAACUCACUUAUCUGCAUAGUUUG